AUGAUCAAGGAUACUCUCUUUGGUGCCUCGUACCUUGCACCUGCUUUCGUGAAGCGCUGGUACCAGUCAACGAUGACCGCCAAAACAGAGAGCACCAUAUCUUCAAGUCCAAAUGAACGAUGCUUUCAAAAGAUACCCGGACGCAAGAUCCUUCAUAACCUUACCCACGGGGGCGACGGGUUUGCAGGAAAACCAACCGGUGGUGAUUCCCCAACCAUCUCCGAAUCACUCCUUGGCUUGCUGCCUCCAUCCUCGGAGGCCCUGCUUUCUUCGCCUUUUCACGCACCACCAACAGUAACACCGUUCAGCAUAGCCCUUGACACCAACGUCACACGCGAAGCUGAAGAGAACACAACACCGACGCGUCCGCGACAAGCCCAUAUCCCGAUCUCAAACUCAGUUACGUUUGGCUCUCUCCGACAACCGCAACUCCAUUGCAUCCGGUUCCCUAGCACAGAGCGCUGUGCCGUGGCUCCUCGAAAGCAUGCGCCGGGACGCAGUCUUCCAAGCUACGAUGGAACUCGCGACAGUCGUGGUAGCCGUUUCACGGAGAGUUUGAAACCGACCACUGUACAAUAUAUCGGAGCAUGCGUUACGAUAAAACCGAUGUGA